AUGUAUCCCAGUCCUGUCCGGCAUCCCAGCCUUAACCUCAACCCCCAGAAUUACAUGCCGGGGCCGCCUCAGUAUUCGGACUUCGCCAGUUACCACCAUGUGCCGGGGAUUAACAACGACCCGCACCACGGGCAGCCGGCAGCCGCCUGGGGCUCUCCCUACACCCCUGCCAAGGAGGACUGGCAUUCCUACGGGACUGCCACUGCACCUUCCACCGCCAGCCCGGGGCAGUUCGGAUUCAGCCCCCCAGAUUUUAAUUCCAUCCAGCCCCCAGGCUCUGGACUCCUGCCUCCACCCAUCAGCAGCUCUGUCCCCCAGCUCUCCCCCAACGCCCAGAGACGCACACCGUACGAGUGGAUGAGGCGCAGCAUUCCCAGCACCAGCAGCAACGGCAAGACCAGGACGAAAGACAAGUACCGAGUGGUGUACACAGACCACCAGCGCCUGGAGCUGGAGAAGGAGUUUCACUACAGCCGCUACAUCACCAUCCGCCGCAAAGCCGAGCUGGCUGCUGCCCUCGGGCUCACUGAACGGCAGGUGAAAAUCUGGUUUCAGAAUAGAAGGGCGAAGGAGAGGAAGGUGAACAAAAAGAAGAUGCAACAGCAAAGCCAGCCCACCAGCACCACCACGCCAACUCCGCCAGCCGUCGGCACACCGGGACCNAUGGGGGGCCUCUGCAGCAGCAGCGCCCCGAACCUUGUCUCCUCGUCUCCACUGACAAUCAAGGAGGAAUUCAUGCCUUAA